AUGCUGUGCCCAGGUGGGACAGUGGAGGGCAAGUCACUCCUGCUGCCCACAAAGCACCUGAAGAAGGAGAUUGCUUGGAGUUGGACAAUAUUUUCUGUCAAUGUGUGGAGUUUGUUUCUUCUUACUUUGUGUGUUUUUUUUUUUUUUUUUUUUUUUUGGUUUUGGUUUGUUUUGGUUUUGUCCCAUUAUUUGCUUUCAGAAUUCAGAAAGGCUCGUGGCAAUGCAGAUGACAUCAAGAUCGAUGGGGACACAGCCCAUCCAAACUUGUCUGUUACUGUGGACAAGAAGAGUUUCACGCAUAAAUCACAGGUCCAGAAAGUGAUGCAGAAAGAAGAGAGUUUUGAUUCAUCUGUCUGUGUGCUGGGCUCAGAAGGUUUCUCCUCUGGGAAACAUUACUGGGAGGUGGAUGUUGAAAAAAGCAAUGACUGGGACCUGGGAGUAGCCAGAAAGUCUGCUCCAAGGAAAGGAAUAUUUUCUUUCUCACCUAAAGAAGGAUUCUGGGCUCUGGGCUUAUAUUUAAAAGGUUACUGGGCAAGAACUGAUCCAUGGACACGAGUAGAAGUGCAGAAAAGUCCCAGAAAAGUCGGAGUUUACCUUAAUUAUGAAGAGAAAACUUUGACUUUUUUCAAUGUUACUGACAUGUCUGUGAUGUUCAUGUUUAAAGACUGUGCAUUCUCGGAAGAAGUUUAUCCAUUCUUUAAAAACUCAGCCAAAGAAUCAACCAUGAGAGUGUGCUCAGUUAAAGAGGAAUGAUUUUUUAAAAGUAUAGCAAUUUGUUGUGACAUGAAAGAUCAUAUUAUUUUCUUGGACAAAUUUAAUGCUUAAUUGCAAUUUUUGUAUUACACAUUCUUGAUCACAUUCUGUAUUAGGCAUAGUUGAAUACCUUAGCUUAAAAUAUUUCCCUCUACCCCAGCCUUUUCUAUAUGCAUUCUUUUUGAAUCCUUGCAGCAUGUAUGGAGAAGGGAGCCAUUCCAUGCCAUGAUUUGAUAAAUGAUAUGUUUGUAUUAA